CACGAAGAAGGAGCGGCUUUCUGUCCCGCCCGACGCCGACUUUCCUCCGCCGCGGCGCCGCAGACGCUCCGUCGACCUCCCCCCUCUCUUCGUCCCCGCUCUUCGGCCGAGACGGCGCGGACCUUACGGCGACGCCGAGGACCUUCCAGCGUGUCUCGCCAUGGACGCCGUGCGUGACCGCGGGCUGUAGGCGGCGGGAAUAUAACUCCACCUUUUAAAACCUUUUUGGUUUUAAACCUUUUUUUUUUUUGUUGGAACUGUUUACCGACAUUCUUACCACUCAUUCACUCCUAUUUGAACAAGGUGAGUGUGGGAGAAAAAAAAAGAAAGAAAAAAAAAAAGUAUUUUGUGCUAACGUCACUUUUCAAGUAUGCUUAUUUAGUUGUUACUUUGUAACAUGUUAUGGACAUUUACCUGGCCGUGUAAUCACCUGAGUGGAGUUAAAGGCAGCCCCUGAAACUUGACUAUGGGACGAUGGUGAACCCGGGAGGAAACAGCCAGCCGCCGCUGCCGCCGCAGGUGGGCGCCGGGUCCCUGUCGUGGAAGCGCUGUGCCGGCUGCGGGGGCAAGAUCGCCGACCGCUUCCUCCUCUACGCCAUGGACAGCUACUGGCACAGCCGCUGCCUCAAGUGCUCGUGCUGCCAGGCCCAGCUGGGCGAGAUCGGCACGUCGUGCUACACCAAAAGCGGCAUGAUCCUCUGCAGGAACGACUACAUCAGAUUAUUUGGGAACAGCGGCGCCUGCAGUGCGUGUGGUCAGUCCAUCCCUGCCAGUGAGCUGGUGAUGCGGGCGCAGGGCAACGUCUACCAUCUCAAGUGUUUCACGUGUUCCACCUGCCGGAACCGGCUGGUGCCGGGGGACCGGUUCCACUACAUCAACGGCAGCCUGUUCUGCGAGCACGACCGACCCGCGGCGCUCAUCAACGGCCAUUUGACUUCCCUGCAAACCAACCCGCUACUGCCCGACCAGAAGGUGUGUUAGGAGGAGGCGGGACAGGAAGCAGGAAGUGUGCCUUCACUCAUGGCCACACAGACUGAUGGGCCCUCCCUCCACACCACACAGACUGAUGGGCCCUCCCUCCACACCACACAGACUGAUGGGCCCUCCCUCCACACCACACAGACUGAUGGGCCCUCCCUCCACACCACACAGACUGAUGGGCCCUCCCUCCACGCCACACAAACUGAUGGGCCCUCCCUUCCUCCACACCACACAGACUUGCACUUAAGUCCGUACCAGACCUGACCUGACUUAAGUCCACUCAAAGGGACUCUUGAGGACGAGACCCCACUUAACAGGCCCAUAAGAAUCUGUAGUUUGUUUUGCCCAGAGACAUUUCAGGAGGCGGACUGCUUUCUUCCUGUUUUCUAUCGUCACGACAACAUGGUGAUCCUACUUCUUUUAUUGUGGAGGGAUUCUAAAUCCUUUUUCUUUUUUUUUUUGUAUUCAUUUCCUCUUUGCCGGUGUCAACAAGAUGGCUCUUUGUGCACAAGUCGGUGUAUUUGUGAGAUGAGCAGGUGUGUACAGGUGUGUACAGUAUGCAUGUUAAUGUCCUUGGUGUCCCCGCCCCCAUGGCCACGCCCCCACGUCGUGUAGCGUCGCCCCACAUUUUAUCGCUGAAUGAAAGAGAAAUUUAUUUGUGAUAUUUUCCAAGACAUUUGCUUCAGUACGGUGUAUUUAAUUAAUAAAAAUAUGGAAGAUUUAA